AUGAUUGGCGAGGAUGAGCCAAGUUACGAUCACGACAUGGAGCUCAAGAAGCGCAAGAGCGCGAGCAAGACACGCAAGAGCCGAACACCUCGACCGCGCGACAGCCGCGCCCGCUCAGCGCAGGGUGGCGCGCUACACCUACGAGCUGAUGGACACCGAGCGCAACGUCCUCAUAGGUGUGCGGUAAUCACGCCAGUCAACUACACAGGUUUCUAUGAAAGCAUACGAUUCAUUCGUGGUCGAUUCCUUCUUCCUUCACGAGUCUACGUGGUCACCGCCACCACCAAAGACAGGGACGGCGUCCUUACCUCAUUCAUCCUCAUAGCGAUGACCUAUUCCAUCACCAAGAAUCCCACCAGCACUCAUACCUUGCGUAUCUCCGGCGAGAAGAAUACACAGACGCCGACAGUGUUGUGGUGGUCUUGGCUCAUGCUGAAGUUCCCCUUCCUGCUACCUAACGAUAGUUUUGCCGAUGAAGAAGAGGCUGAGGAUGAAGACAUGCAGUCCAUCGCUACCGACGAGAGCGCCAAUGGCAGUGCAGAGGAAGACGACGAGGACUCCGCCAGCAUUCCCAUCCCUCCACAAGUCUACGUGGUCUCCACUAUCACCAAAGACUGCGACGGCGCCGUCACCUCCAUUAUGCCGACACCAAGGAUCCUGCCAACAAUCACACCUACCGCAUCUUCGACAGAAAGAAAUGUCACACCCACACCGCAGACUGCACCACCUGUCCAACACCCCUCGGCCACCACCCUCACCUCGAUCUCACCACCCUCACCUCGACCUCAGAAUUCACAUCAAGACCAUCUGGCGGCACGCGCCGCGUCGCUCCGGAUGCUCGACGCGACGGAGGGAUCAACGCGAUACAACGACAGCCCAGACGAUGAAGCUACAGCCACCACGGCGGUCUCCGACCGCGCGGGUGUGUUCUAUGUCGAAGCAAAGUUGAAUCGUAGGUACAUCAAGUACAUCAAGGCAUGUCGCUUCUGA